AUGAGUUUUUCGAAACUGACUUCUGCUGUUUUCAACAGCUUUCUCAAUACCGAGGAUGGCACAUGCCUUCUUGUACCUCCAAGAAACUAUAAGCCCAGCAGUUGUGCAAGCAGUCGCGAAGCAGAGGGAACAUUCACAUUACUGUCUGGAACAUCUUUCAGCCCUGCUUUGCAAGAGCAAUCAUCAACAGCUUUCAAAGUGCUUGCCUUUGAUGUUCAGCAAAUGGUAGAUGACAUAUUUCAAUCAAGUGAACUUCAAAAUGACUACAAGAACUGUAAAGUUUUGGAGUUCAGAAAUGGCAGCGUUAUUGCAUUGUUCCACCUUUUCUUUCUACAAUGGGUACCUGAUGAAAAGAUAAAGAAUGAACUGGCUUUGGGUAUUAAAGGAAAUAAAAGUGACCUUUUGCAGACUUUCAUCAUCGAUGUGAACAGCAUAGAAAUAACAGGUUUGGGAACAUUUAGUACAAGCAGUCCUUUGACAUCUUCAGGUUUGGGAACAUUUAGUACAAGCAGUCCUUUGACAUCUUCAGUGAAAUGUUUACCUCCUGAUGAACUGUGUGCUGAUGGUAUAAGCUGCAUAAGAAAAGAAUUAUUUUGUGAUGGAGUAUCAAACUGCCCAGAUGGUUCUGAUGAAUAUGAAAAAACAUGUGCUACACCCUGUGAUGGAAAAUUUAUUCUGACUGGCUCCUCUGGGUCUUUCCAUUCCAUUCAUUACCCAGAACCCUAUAUUUCAAACACUUUUUGCCGAUGGAUUAUACAUGUGAAUCAAGACCUGUCCAUUAAAUUGAACUUUAGUGCUUUUGAUACACAAAAUUAUGUGGAUACUCUAAGCAUUUAUGAAGGUGUAGGCCCAACAAAGAUUUUAAGAGCUUUCCUCUGGGGUUCUUCUAAUCCUGGUACGAUUCAUAUUUUUUCUAAUAAAGCCACUGUGGAAUUUGCUACAGACUAUACUGGAAAUAAUAAUGGGUUUAAUGCAAUGUAUACUGCAUGUAAUACGAGUGAACUAACCAGUAAUCAGAAAAUUGACUGUACUUUUGAAGAUGGCUUUUGUUACUGGAUUCAAGAUUUGGAUGACGACGAUGAAUGGGCAAGAAUUAAGGGCCCCACCUUUCCUAUGACAUCUGGCCCCAAUUUUGAUCAUACAUUUGGCAAUCUAUCAGGUUAUUAUAUUUCAACACCUAUGCUGCCUGGAGGCAUACCGAUGAGAGUCCGACUUAUUAGCUUAUCUUUAGUCCCUGCUUCAGAUGCGUUUUGCCUAAGUUUCUGGUAUCACAUGUAUGGUGUUAAUGUAUAUCGUUUGAGCAUUAAAAUCACCUAUGAUCAUAACAUGGAAAAGACCAUUUUUGAGAAAGAAGGAAAUUAUGGAAACAGCUGGAAUUAUGGCCAAAUAACAUUAAAUGAAUCAUCGAAUUUUAAAGUUGCUUUUGAUGCCUUUAAAAGACAAGGAUGGGACAACAUUGCCGUUGAUGAUAUAGAACUGGCAAAUGGAGGCUGCAUGGAAAAUGUUUAUCCAGAACCUACCUUGGUCCCUACAAUCCCUACAACCCCUCUGCUACCCAGUGACUGUGGAGGGCCAUUUGAUCUGUGGGAACCAAACACUACAUUUAGUUCAAUGAACUAUCCCAACAACUACCCCAACAUAGCCUCUUGUGUGUGGUAUUUAAAUGCAAAGAAAGGAAAAAAUAUUCAACUUCAUUUCCAGUAUUUUGAUCUGGAAAAUAUUUAUGAUGUUGUGGAAAUCCGAGAUGGGAGAGGAGAUGAUUCUUUACUUUUGGCUGUAUAUACUGGAAGAUCCCCAGUGCCAGAUACCUUCUCUACGACGCACCAGAUGACUGUGCUCUUCGUUACGGACAAAUCUGGAACUAGGAAAGGAUUUGUAGCCAAUUUUACUACAGGCUACCAUCUAGGCAUGCCGGAUCCCUGUGGACCCAAUUAUUAUCAGUGUGGAAGUAGAGAAUGCAUACCACUGGUUUUCCUUUGUGACCAAUCACAGCACUGUAAAGAUAAUUCUGAUGAAGCAGACUGUGUGCGCUUGGUCAAAGGUUCUCUCAGCUUCAACGGGUUGGUCCAGUUCAAGGUUGAGAAAAAAUGGCAUACAGCUUGUGCAAAUGGCUGGACUGAACAAUCAUCAAGCAGAAUCUGUCACUGGCUGGGACUAGGAAAUGUGAAUAGAUCAUUUCCGGUUUUGUAUGAUGGGAUUGGUCCUUUUGUAGAAGUUAGAAAAGCAGUAAACAACAGCUUAAUACUAACACCUAGGGUUCAGUGUCUCAAUAAUAUGGUAACUCACCUGCAAUGCAACAAUAAAGCAUGUGGCGAAAGACUGAUUACUCAGAAGCACAAUGCAAAAAUUGUUGGUGGCUCUGAUGCUCAAGAAGGUGCAUGGCCGUGGGUGGCCUCACUACAUUUCAAUUCCAGGCCAAUGUGUGGAGCCUCCCUUGUCAGCAAUGAAUGGCUGGUCUCAGCUGCACACUGUGUACAUGGGAGGAAUUUAGAACCAUCUCGUUGGAAAGCAAUUCUUGGCUUGCAUACCCAUCUGAAUUUAUCAUAUCCUCAAACAGUCAUCCGAGAGAUCGAUCAAAUUAUCAUAAAUCCCCAUUACAAUAAGAGAACAAAAAACAGUGACAUUGUUUUGAUGCAUCUGCAGUUCAGAGUGAAUUACACAGAUUACAUUCAGCCCAUUUGCUUCCCAGACAAAAACAAACAAUUUUUUCCAGGAACUAUUUGCUCCAUUGCUGGCUGGGGAAGAACCACAAAUCACGCAGGUGCUGUUGCAAAUAUAUUACAAGAAGCAGAAGUCCCUCUUAUAGCACACAAGAAAUGCCAGCAACAGAUGCCAGAGUACAAUAUUACUGAAAAUAUGAUGUGUGCUGGAUACGACGAAGGAGGAAUUGAUUCUUGCCAGGGAGAUUCCGGUGGGCCACUGAUGUGUCAAGAGAGUGAAAAGUGGAUACUGGCUGGUGUGACAUCCUUUGGCUAUCAGUGUGCACUGCCACAUCGUCCUGGCGUUUAUGUGAAUGUUUCAAAAUUUGUUGACUGGAUAAAAAGGAUAAUUCAUUAG